AUGGGAUCGAUCGAAGAGCCACCAGCGACCAUCUCCUCCACGAUCCCAAUCGUAGACUUCUCGAAAUGGAUCCACGGCAAAAACCAGGCCGAUCGACUGGUAGUGGCACGUCAAAUCACCGAUGCUUGCCGCAGUGUUGGUUUCGUCUAUCUAACGAACCACGGCCUGUCCCAAGACCGCGUAGACGAAACCUUCACGAUCAGCAAGCAGAUGUUCGCUCUCCCGCUCGAAGACAAAAUGAAAGCACCGCAUCCCCCCGGCUCCGCUCACCACCGCGGCUACUCGGCCCCAGGCUCAGAGCAGGUGAGCAAGUCCAACGCCGACGACGCCAGCCGGCCAGCCGGCACGCCGCCCGCCGCCGCGGUCAAGGAGUGCAAGGAGAGUUACGAAAUCGGGAGCGAGGAGGACGCGGAGCAGCCAAACAUCUGGCUGCCGGAAGACACGCUGCCCGGCUUCCGCCAGACCACCAUCGCUUUCUACUGGGCCUGCCACGAGCUCGCCACCGCCGUCUUGCAUGCCCUCUCCCUCGGCAUCGGACUGCAGGAGGAGGCGCUGCUCACCCAGUACCACACCGGCCAUCACAAUCAACUGCGCCUCUUGCACUACCCUCCCGUCCCCGCGGCGGAGGUGGAGAGCGGGAGCGCAGCGCGCAUGCCGCCGCAUGCCGACUUUGGGAGCAUCACGCUGCUCUUCCAGGACGAUUGCGGCGGGCUGCAGAUUGAGGAUCCUCGCGUGCCGAACAAGUUUCUGCCCGCCACGCCGGUACCGGGGGCGUGCGUGGUGAACGUGGGGGAUUUGUUGAUGCGGUGGAGCAAUGACUACCUCAAAUCCACUCGCCACCGCGUCACGCUUCCGCCGCUGGCAGACCGAUUCCAAGGCGAGGAGAGAAUCACUCGCGAUCGGUACUCGCUCGUGUACUUUGUAGGACCCCUGCUUGAUACGGUCAUCGAGUGCCUUCCCGCUUGCGCGGACGCAGCCCAUCCGGCGAAGUAUGAGCCUGUUACUCGGCGCGAGUUCUCCAAGAUGAAGUUUGCCGCCGCGUAUGGGGAUGGGAAGUAG